AUGGCAAUGAGAGAAGGGGAGACUUUAAAAACUUAUUCAGAUAGAUAUUGGGAAAUGUUUAAUGAGAUAGAUGGAAACUUCAAGGUCGUGGCUAUAAGGACAUUUAAGGUUGGUCUCCCUACUGAGCAUGAGUUGAGAAAGUCCUUGAACAAGAAGCCUCGGCAGAGCAUGCAUCAGUUAAUGGAUCGAAUUGACAAGUACAAACGGGUCGAGGAAGAUCAACAGCAAGGGAAGGGUAAAAUUAAGGUAACUCCUACUGAACGAAGGGAUUUCAAGUUGGAGAGGUAUAAUAACAAUAGACCUAGGAGAGAUUUCCCAGGACAUGCGGGGCAUUCUACUCCCCAGAUAGUUAACACAGUUUUCAAGGAACUAGUACACCAAAUCCUUGAUAAGAUAAAGAACAAACCAUACUUCAAAUGGCCGAAUAAAAAGGGGGGAGACCCUACCAAGCAUAACCAAGGUCUUUAUUGCCAGUAUCAUAAGGAUCGUGGACACACUACGUAA